CGACGCAGAUAAAAUGAAUUCCACUUUAACCUGUUUGCAUCAUAAAUCAACGUAAACUAUAUAUCGAUUAUCUCAUACGGUAGACACAUGCACACUUUUUUUUACUCGGUUUUUCACUCAUAAAAAACAACAAAACUAUUUUGAAAGUAUUAAAAAAUUAUCAUAAUACAUAAAAGCGUACUGAAAAUGGAUGUCACGGCAUUCUCAAACGAUGAUUUUGUGGUUAAAGAUUGGAUUAAUACAAUGUUUGAGUGUACAGAAGCACAGCAAGACAAAGAGGCAUUCGUAUCAUCUUUGGUGAUGAAACUACAACUGUAUGUGCAACAAGUAAAUGGAUCCCUGGAGGAAACAAAUCAAUUGAUUCUAUCGAGUCUGCCUCGCAUUUUCCGUGACAUACAAUUGUUGCAACAAGAGGCUGUUGCUUUGAAAGAUAAAAUGAAGAUAGUCAAGGAAGAAAUAGCCAAGGUGGAAAAAGACACAGUAUUAUCGAUAAAUGCAUUAGAGAAAAUAGAUAAAAUCAAAACAGACUUGGAACAUGCAAAACAAAGUCUUCAUGAAGCUGAUAAUUGGACUGUAUUAGCCAAUGAUGUUGAAGAAGUAUUUGAAUCUGGAGACAUCGAAAGUAUUGCUCAGAAACUAUUGAGCAUGCAAAAGUCUUUAUCCAUGUUAGUUACAGCUUCAGACUAUGAAGAUAAAAAACUUCAACUCGAAGGUCUGAAGAAUCGCCUCGAAGCAAUCACCAGUCCUAAACUCGUCCAAGCUUUUACAUCAAGAAAUUUAGAAAAUUCCAAGUUUUAUGUGGUAAUUUUUAAUAAGAUAGAUCGUUUGGAUCAACUACUCAAGUAUUAUCACAACUGUUUGAAGGUUAUAUUAACAGAUGAAUGGCGAAAAUUGUCAGAAUUUGAUCAGGAAGAUGGAGGAAUAACAAAUUUGCUACAUAAAUAUUACGACAAAUUACUAUUGGAGUUUCAAAAUCAAACAAAAUGGUGUAAUCAACUGUUUCCAUCAUCAUCAAUCACCAUUAUCAUCAAUAUCUAUACUGAUUUAUUUCAAAACCUCAAUUCCAAUCUCGAAAACUGCAUUUCAUCGUCUCUCAAGCAACAUUCGGUAGCAAUUCAGUUAUCGCUGUUGCUUGAACUGAAACAAAUAACAAGAAAUUUUGCGAUGAAUUUGCAGAAUUCCAUUCAAGUAUUCGACUAUAAAGCGUCUGAUGAUAAAUUAAAACUAUUAGCUCAAGCUAUUUAUUAUCCGUACGUUAAUUACGUAGCCAAGUAUGAUAUUUAUGAAUUAGCACAUCUAAAUGAUCAGUUAAAAAAUCUCCAUCUGAGUAACGACGAUUUAAGUGAAUACAUCAAUUCUUUGUCUUUGAGUAUCUCGAAAACUCUAGACUUUGCAACCCAAUCAAUUAAAAGAUGUGAAACUUUCACGGAAGGUUGUGGUUUCUAUCAAUCCAUCCAAGCAUUAGAGAAAUUUUUGAACAAUUAUCUAGACAAUUACAUUGAUUGCAUUAAUAUUAUUAAGAGACGAUACAACAGCAACAAACAAGGAAAGUACGAAGACUGGAAUUUAUUCCAACAAUGUCUGACAUUGAUGCAAACAAUUGGUGAUUUUUACAAACAGUUUGAAGACUUUCAGCGAAUCUUGAUGAGUAACAUUACUGAAACGUACGAGAAGAUAACGAAGAAUGACAACAGCCCAUUCAAGGAUUAUAAAUCGUUGCUUUUAACGAAAGAUAAUAUGAAGAAUUAUGAUCAAUUAAUAGUCAAAGUUAAAAAUAGAAAGAUUGAAAAUUUCGAAAAUGUCACCGAGAAAAUUCGAAAAUUAUGUAUCGAUCUACACAGUGUAACCUAUGAUGUUGUAUUUUUACCUAUUUAUCAACAACUAAUAACUAUAAAAAAUGUACCGACGUGGUCGACCUCGGCACAAUCUACUUUGACGACUAGUCACUUGUGGGAUUUACCGGAUUACAGUUUUUCACCUCAAGAGUAUAUUACACAAGUUGGUCAAUAUUUAAUGACAUUACCACAACAUCUAGAGCCCUUUUUACUCCGGGACAAUCCAAGUUUAAUUUAUGCAUUAAAAGCAGCUGAUGCUCAGUACAAUUCGGCAUCAGAGUCAGGUUUUACGGGUGUUCUACUUGGGAUCAUUGCUAAAGGCACAUGUCAAAUGUUUCAGGACCAAAUAUUUGGGAUAUGUCAAUUGAAUUUGGUGUCUUGUAAGCAAUUGGCUAUUGAUAUUAAUUAUCUAGGAAAUAUUUUCGAUGAAUUAGGAUUAGUCUUGUCGGAUAAUUUACAACAAAUGUCGAAACUGCUAAGAUUGAGUCCAGAAGAAUAUCAAAGUGGUUGCAGUGGAUGUAAUCCAAGGAUUGUCGCAGCAGUAAGACAGAUGCGUAACAUUCAAUCGUCUGGUUAAGAAUUUAAUUGUUAAUAAUAAAAAUAAAUUUUUGUAAAUAUUAUAAUAAAUUUUUAAUAAAAUAUUAA